AUGACGGACGCUGUCGUUGAAGCGACGGCCAAGCUUCAGCUCGAUGAGGAGACCGGGGAGAUGGUCUCCAAGGGAGAGCUGAAGAAGCGGUUGCAGAAGCGUGCCAAAAAGGCGGCGAAGGCGGCCAACGCGGCCGCUGCUCCCAAGCAGACCGCGGCCACCCCCAAGCCUGCGGCCGCCCCCAAGCCCGAGGAGGAGCAGAUCGACCCGGAUGCCAUGUUCAAGCAGGGUUUCCUGGCUGCGGUGCACAAGGAGCGGCCUGUUGUGCCGUUGACGCGCUUCCCCCCGGAGCCCAAUGGAUACUUGCAUCUGGGUCACGCGAAGGCGAUCGCUGUCAACUUUGGUUUCGCUAGACAUUAUGGUGGAAAGACGAUUCUUAGAUUCGAUGAUACCAACCCGGAGGCUGAGGAGGAGAAAUACUUUGUGGCUAUCGAGGAGAUCAUUCAGUGGCUAGGCUUUAAGCCCGCCGCUAUCACCCACUCGAGCGACAACUUCCAGAAGCUCUACGACCAGGCUGAGAAGUUGAUCACCAUGGGCAGAGCCUAUGUUUGCCACUGCAGCGACACCGAGAUUAAGCUCCAGCGUGGCGGAGAGAACCACGGCCCCAGAUACCGCUGCAAGCACGCCGAGCAGGAUGUCGAGACAAACCUCCAGAAGUUCCGGGAUAUGAAGGCUGGCAAAUACGAGCCCCAGACCGCUUUCUUGCGCAUGCUUCAGGACAUUGAGGAUCCCAACCCUCAGAUGUGGGAUCUGGCCGCAUACCGCAUCCUCAAGCAGGAGCACUUCCGCACCAAGAACGAGUGGUGCAUUUACCCCACCUACGAUUUCGCCCACUGCCUGUGUGAUAGCUUCGAGAACAUUACACACAGUCUGUGCACGACCGAGUUCCAGCUUUCCCGCACUUCCUACGAGUGGCUGAACAGUACCUUGGGCGUCUACGAGCCCAUGCAGCGCGAAUACGGUCGCCUGAACGUCAGUGGUACCGUCAUGUCGAAACGUAAGUUGAAGAAGCUGGUGGAUGACGGAUACGUCCGAGGCUGGGAUGAUCCCCGCCUGUACACACUGAUUGCUCUGCGCCGCCGUGGUGUGCCCCCCGAGGCAAUCCUCUCCUUCAUCAACGAACUCGGUGUGACGACUGCUCUCAGUCUGAUCAAGAUCUCGCGCUUCGAGCAGACUGUCCGGACAUACCUUGAGAGCCGUGUUCCCCGGUUGAUGCUUGUGAUUGACCCCGUUCCGGUGGUCAUUGAGGACUUCGAGACGGUUGAGGAUGGUCAGCUCAACUGCGAUAUUCCUUUCUCUCCCAAGAACCCUGCUAUGGGCACUCACGAGAUUCGCCUGACCAAGACCAUUUACAUCGAUCGGUCGGAUUUCCGCGAGGAGGAUGCCAAGGGCUACUUCCGUCUGGCCCCGGGCAAGAGCGUCGGUCUCUGGCGCGCACCCUACCCCGUCAAGGCCACCACUUUCACCAAGGAUGCUGAUGGUAAGGUCACCGAGAUCCGGGCUGUUUGGGAUAAGGAGGGCGGCAAGCCCAAGACCUACAUCCAGUGGGUCCCAGAUAACUCGCGCAAGGUGGAGGUCCGUAUCCACGACCCGCUUUUCAAGUCGGAGGACCCCGGUGCUGCUGAGGGUGGCUUUUUGAGCGAUAUCAACCCCAACAGUGAGACCAUUUACAAGGAUGCUCUGAUUGAGGCGGGCUUCGAUGAGGUCCGUCGGAGGGCUCCUUGGCCGGAGGCUGCCGGCGAGAAGGAGAAGGGCAAGAGUGGACCGGAGAGUGUCCGUUUCCAGGGCAUGCGUGUGGCCUACUUCGCUGUCGAUUCGGAUUCCACGGAAGACCGCGUCGUGCUGAACCGCAUCGUGUCUCUGAAGCAGGAUGUUGGGCGCAACUAG